UUAACAGAACAGACACUGUGUGGAGUGGUAAAUACAGUCAGUUCUCCUCUGAUUCAAAAUAUUCCAAGAAAUAUUUAUUUAUGAUUGCUUGUUGUUGUUUACUACAUUUUUUGUAGUAUGUAUUUUCAGUUUUUUGUUUUUUUUAAUUUGACACUUGGUUCUGCAUGUCCUUUUGUGAGAGAAACACUCGGUUGUAGAACAUUUAAGUUAACAGUGAAUAGUUUUGGUAAAGGAUGUAGUGUGAAUUAAAUGAAUUCAUUCAAUAAUAUAAUACCUAAUGAAUUCAUUAACAAAUCCAUUCAUUCAUUUCCAGUACCCACCUUAUCCUGGUCAGGGAUUUGGAGCGUAUCCUGCGGCCUGAGGCAGGAAUACACCAUGAAAUGUACACUAGUCCAUCACUCAGCACUAUGCACACACACUUUCAUUAGAAUAUACAUACCUAGAAGCAAUUUAGAGUAGUCUGUCCACCUACCAGCAUGUUUUAGGGAGCUGGGAAGAAACAAAAGAAACCAGAGGAAACCCAUGUGGACACAAGGAGUAAAUAACCCUGCAAAUGUGAGGUGGCAAUACAACCCAUUGUAUCACUGUGCUGUAUCACUUGUAAUUAUGUUGUGUGUAUUAUUUUGUAUUUUAUAUUUUAUUAUGAAAUGUCAAUGAAAUCAGUGGUUGAGUGGUAUGAGCAGUGUGUUCCCCACAUGUUUAUAAAAACCUCUGUCACUAUCGUUAUAUCUGUUUCAGUUGUAUCUGUCUCAGUGUUCCUAUACUUCUGUAUUUCCUGUUUUGGAACCUUGCCUGUUCUUCUUUUCUCAGAUUAUAGACAUUCCCAUGAUAACUCUGUCUGUCUGUGCUGUGGACAAUGGUUAGGAUUCCUGGAUUGCCCAAAAUAAACUACAUGGUGAAUUUAUGCGCUUGCUUCUGGUUCCAUACAGCAAACUGCAUAAUUCAGAUUCCCAUAGCUUUUUCUGUUAGUGUUGAAUUAUUGAAAUUAAUAUAUAGUUUUUGUCAUUACAACAGUUUUCAGCCUCUACAAUAUUCUCUCACAACCUACUGUUCACCCAAUUAUUAAUGCUAACUAUUACGGAAAUGUUAAGUUAACUGACCUACUAAUGAUACCUAUAGUGCAAUCCACUAAUAUGGGCACCCUUGGUAAAUAUGAGCAAAGAAGGCUGUGAACAUUUGUCUUUAUGGUUUAACCUUUUGAUAUUUUGUUUAAACCAUUCACAAAAAUACUCUGCUCUCAUGGAUAUCAAACAAUUGCAAACACAACACAGGUUUAUCAAAAAAUAUCUUUGUUAAAUAUAGGUGUGCAACAAUUAUUGGCAGCCUUAUGAAUUAAUAUGAGGAAAAAUAUAUUUUAUAUUCUCAUUGAUAUUUUAGAUUUCUUUUAGUACACCUGGGUGUCUAGGAACAGGAAAUAUAAAACAGGGGUAUAAAUAUGAGGUAACACAUAGGCCAAAUUCCCUUAGUCAUUCAUAACAAUGGGUAAGACCAAGGAAUAUAGCUGUGAUUUGCUGCAAAAGGUUGGUGAGCUUCACAAAAUGGGAAGUGGCUAUAAGAAAAUAGCACAAGCAUUGAAAAUGCCCAUUUCCACCCUCAGGCAAUAAUUAAGAAGUUCCAGUCAACUGGUAAUGUUAUGAAUUAACCUGGAAUUGGACGUGUGUCUAUAUUGUCUCAACACACUGUGAAGAGGAUGUUUCGAGUGGCCAAAAAAAUCUCCAAGGAUCACAGCUGGAGAAUUGCAGAAGUUAGUUACGUCUUGGGGUCAGAAAGUCUCCAAAACUGCAAUCAGACGUCACCUACAUCACCACAAGUUGUUUGGUGUUGUGCUGCUACGACAUUCAUCAAAAAACCACCAAUAGGAGGAUAUCAUAGGAUUAAGCAAAACUCAAACUAUAGCUACACAAAUAGUGUCCAUGGUAGUAAAUUUCCUUUAAUCGCAAGUUUAUUGUUAGAGGAUCUUCAACGUAUAAGCUGACAUGAAGAACACAUUAUCACACAGUCUGUUACAGAAUUCAGCCAAGAUUCUAUUGGGAUCAUCUUGUACAGUGUGACAAGUAAUAAUCUUAUAAUACUGUAAUAUCACAGUGAAAAAUAUAUAGCAACAAAGAAAUUACCCUCAGUACAAAAACAUAAGUAGUAAAUUAUGACAUUGCUGGAGCAAUGAAGCAAUGUUCUUGUACUAAGGAACUAGGCUGAAAUUCUUUUUGAAAAGAAAAGUGUGACAAUGAAUGGUCUUUACACAAAUAGCCAAGACACAUAAAACAAAAUCUUUGGUCAAAGAAAGGUGUACAUUAUGGUGGAAAGUUAUUCCACUAAUUUAAUAAAUAUUAUAUUAUCAUAAGUUGCUUUCUAGAAUUCUCUCUACUUAUCAGGCUUAUUACCUGGGUCACAAGAGCACAUGCUCUAUCAGGUUGUUGUCUGUAGAGGGAAGACUAACAUUCAUGGACAGAGGAUCAUGGGUAGUCAGACUAUUUUUAAGCCUGGCACAGCAUAGUGUUUGGCUGCAACCUGAGUGGGUAUGAGUCACGGUAUCUGAGGUAUCAGUGGACUGGAACUUUCCUGCCUCCCCUGUCUCUCAGUCAUAUGCCGUGUAGGAAUAUCGGUUGACGAGCCUGGAUGUGCCAUGGCUUCCUGCUACACUGAGCCGUCGACACUCAGUGCCUGGAUACAAGAUGAAGAUGAGGACGAGAAAGAGAAAGAGACAAAAUCUCCACAAAUGAGCUCAAGUGAUGAGUCUGAUGAGUCGGAACCUGAGCCAUCAUUGGCUCCUGUAGUGCGAAGGAAGGUUUCUUUCGCAGAUGCCUUUGGCUUGGACUUGGUUUCUGUUAAGGAGUUCGAUAACAGAGUUGAGGGUGUUGAAGGGAGAGAGGGAGAGGAGUACCACCUGUCCUGCAUCUUCAGUGUCCCAGCCUCGGAUGAGGAGCUGAAGCUUCGGCUUCAGCAGAACAAGCUGGAGCUGGAGGGCAUUGAGCUCCUGCCUGGCUCCACCACCAUCCGUGGCACUGUCCGUGUGCUUAACCUCUCUUAUCACAAGGUUAUUUAUGUACACACUACUUUGGAUGGCUGGCAAAGCCACUUUGACCAGCUAGCUGAGUAUGUUCCUGGCUCCAGUGAUGGAGAGACAGACCGCUUCUCCUUCCAACUCACCCUGAUGCCUCCCUUUCCACUUGAUGGUGUACGGGUGGAGUUCUGCCUCUGCUAUGAAUCCUGCUCCGGAAUCUUUUGGGCAAACAAUGGAAGUAUGAACUAUGUGCUCUUCUGCCAUCGGAGAAAACGGAGAGCACUGAAAGAGAAGGAGGGAGGGAAAGAAAGGGAGACAGAAGAGAAUGAUCAAAAGGGAAAAAAGAGCUGCUUGAAAGCGAUCAAAAAUGGCAGUUGUGCUGAGUCGAAGCCCUCAGACAUGAGCAGCGAACACUCAGAGCAAGAGUCAAACAGGUCUGUAGAGACCAAGAAAUGGAAAAUUCAGCAAACAGCAGAAAGUCCAUCAAGAGAUACACUACAGGAGAGCUGUAAAACUUUGGGUUGCGGGGAACCUGGAGCCUAUCCCAGGGCGCAUCGGGCACAAAGUGGUGUUCACCCUGGACAGGGUGCCAGUCCAUUGCAGGGCACAAUCACACACCUCCAUCCAUCCAUCCAUCCAUCCAUCUUCAACCGCUUACUCCUUUUCGGGGUCACCGGGAACCUGGAGCCUAUCCCAGGGCGCAUCGGGCACAAGUCUGAAAGACGGAACAGACGACGAGCAGCUAAGUUGGCACACUUGCAAGACUAUCUCUCUCAUAGGGAGACAGAAGUCCAGCUAGUUCAACCUUCAGAUCAAGAAAAAUCAAAGAGAGAUUUAAAUGUGGUAUUACCCAUGCCACAGCAUAGUAUUCCAGUGAUGACAGACACUUCUAGUACACUUAAAGUAUGCAGCAGAAAGGAGCAAAAUGGGAAUACAUCAUUGAUUCUACCUGACCAUCAGAUUCCCUUACUUCCCCAGGACUGGGGUAAAAAAAUCUCAUCUCCAUCUCCGUCUCAUACAACCACUUCUGACAUCAUCAGUGGAACAAGGUUGGAUGUUCUUGACAAAAAACAAAUAGAUGAUGUGUCAAUAGAAUUGUCAAAUGAUGCCUGGAAAGCUUUCCUCAAUUGCACAGAUAGUUUAGACAACCACAACAAUGCUUUGGACCAAAAGUGCUUGCUUUGUUUUGCAGGGUCCAAUGCCUCCCAACCCUCAAAUACAGAAUAUGAUGUGUCCAAUAUAGGGGAAAACAUAUUAUCAGUGUGGAAUAGCCAGGAAGGUGCUGUGACCAGUGGGAAUGGGUCACACCAAUGCUUUAUAGCAAUGGAAACUCUGGAAUCUGAUCCUGCUAGACUGUCACAAGCUCUUGACACCAGUCAUUUCAUUGAGGUGUUAAGUUAUAAGUGUCCUGAAAAGGCACAGAUCAGUUCUAAAGCAUACACUGCCCAGAAAUCAGAAUCAAUCUGGGUUCAACUGAGGCCUGGUGUCACUGAGGACCCACAUGAGGGACACACAAUUAGUGAAAGGCCUUUUAGUGAAGACGAGCCUAUGCUAUUAACCAAACCAGGGCAGACAGCCAAAGUGAAGGAUGCCACAGACCCACUGAAUUCCAAACCAGGACAUAGUGUUUUGCUUGAAGAAUGUGCAAGCAGUACAGGUUUCUUAAACACAGAAAUGAAGGUGAAAGGGGACACACACAGAGUAGUUCAAGACACUUUGACAUUUACGGGGAUCAGGAGUGAACCUUUUACAGACAGUAGGGAGUCUUUAGAAAGACAGCAUAUACAUGAAAGUGGAGAACCAAAGAAAAAGAAAGAGCAUAUCAGGGAAGAAAAUGAGAAUGAAUCCCAAAUGAAAAGAAUAUCUUGGACUGAGUAUUCUGAAGGAGCUUUAGUGGUACUAGAAAGCAGAUUGCAAGAAGAUGACAAGGAACCAUCCCAUCUAAAAGAUGGGAACACAGAAAUUUGGAUUUCAUCAAGGACAAGUGUGGUGUUUGAUGAAGGUGAACAACAGACUGAAUGUCUCAACAGAGGAGAAGAGGAGGCUGUGUGUUAUGAAUUAGAGAAAAAGGGAUUCUCUGACUCCAGUGAGAGGCAAGGAGAAGAAAUAUCCUCUGUGGAAAAUAUAGCUGAUAGAGAAUGUGAAACUGGUUUAAAGACUGAGGGUCAGGGUAUGUAUGGAAGGCAGAGUGAGGGUGAUGACUACAUAGAUAAGGCACUACAUGGAGAACAACACAAGCUUCAAAGUUCCCCUGAAACCUGCCCACAUACACACAAUCUAUGUAUAACCAGCCAGACCAAUAGUCCAUCUGGGCACUUCACCUGGAGUGAAGGUGAGCUUCUUUUUCCUGCCCCUCACAAGGGUUUUGAGAGUAAGGAGACUCUGAGGUAUAGGGUAGCUCAGGACCUCCAGGAUCCAUGUGUGAGGACUGAUUGCUCAUUCUCCAAGACAGCUUCCCCCACAAUGUCAAGCUGGUUGCUGGUGUGCUGGGCCAAAAUCUCUACUCUGAGCUACAUCGCUGGGGCCCUCUUGUGUGCCAUCCUGUUUGUGAUCUUUGCAACUGCUUAUUUGCAUGACCUCCCAGUUUGCCUGGCCAUUUACCUGUUGUCUGCAUACUGGUGGUGUAGACAGGGCAUGAAAAAGCAUGUGACCACAGCUGACAGUGUGGACUGACAUCAGUAAAGGAAAUGAUUCACUUUAAGGGCCCAACAUCUGUCGUCUACAUGUACCCAAGUGGGGUUUCUUUCUUCUGAUGAUGUUGUUUUCCUAAAUAAAAUAAUUUGAUGUUCAUUUCUGAAGGGCAGCUUCCUCCAUUUUGUGAAGAUGGUGAAUAUAACAUAUCAGUGCUCAAAUGUCUGAGGCCUGGAUAUGACACCAAAUUAAUGUAGAAUCUUUCUUUGUGCUGAUAAACAUCGUACAAGUCUUGCUUUUGCAGACUCUCAAGAGUCAACUUACAUUGGGAAUGUUUAACAUUCAUUUCAUUUUAUUAUUAAUUACUAUGGUAUAUUUUACUUACAGUGAUUGAUAUAUUACAUUUCAAUGGCCCCAAUUUGCAUAAAAAAUUCUGUAGCACAGAUGUGUGACUUUAGCAGCUCUAAGUUUCUAAAAAUGAACCAGCACAGCUUCAGUAGCAGAUCAUUUGUUGUAGUUUAUCCAAUGAAAUGCAUUUAUAUAAAAUAUUUAGCUGAAGGCAGCACAUCAGACCAGAGACUAGCUAGAGGGCUAGAUACAUUAGAUCAGAAAGAGGAGAGUUUUCACAGAUUUUCCUCUGAGCUGAUUAGUGAACUGAAGAC